AGCACGUUAACCAUAACCUUGGUGAGGUGAAUCAAUUCUAAUACUUACACCAUGGACCGCUACAUAAGACAGCGGCUCAUUGUAUUUCUAGAGGCACAUGGUUAAACGCAUGGACGUGAUUUGAAUUCUGGCUUUUAUGUACAUUUGGGAAACUUGGGCAACUGAUGGCAGUGGUCGAGAAGGCAAUGAAUGAAUCUAUCAGACAUGACUGUAGAUUUUCUUUUUGAUUGUGGAAAGGUGUUUUGAGUAUUACAAAAACUGCUAUCAACUUUUACUGAUUGGACACGCUCAAAUGUUUCGAAAUAUAUUUGCGGUGGUGGUCGUGUCGCUUUCCAUGGUUCCGAGGACCCUGGUUUUGGGCUAUGCAACAAACGGUUUGAUUCAUUUGGAAAAUGUUGCUGGGAAGCUCGUGUUCAUUCAGAGGGAAGGGAAUGCGACGUAUGUGCGCGAGAGGGAGCUGGUUUCGGAGGUUUCAACCGAGACCAGGUUCGAACUGUACGAUCCAGGGAACACGUUACGCGACGUUAGAUUCAGCUAUAUCUGGGACAUUGGUAAUGGGGAGGUGUUUAAGGGAUCAGAGCCGUCUGUGCACUACAACUACUCAUGUUCUGGAAGCUACACUCUGCAACUGAAAGUGGGGGCCCACGUUAACAAAACCUACACUCCAUUAACAGGGGUAUAUACAAUGGAUCUUACUGUUUUGGAUGCCAUCAGAACUAUUGAAUUGAAGGGCCCUUCGAGUUUCCAGGUUUUCAGAAACAACAGUCUGGAUGUUCGUGUGGAUGGAAGUCUUCCAAUAACAGUGUGUUGGAGGUUCGUGUAUAACUGUAUACCAGCAGCCCUUCAAAGCUGUCACCUGACCACGCUGUAUGACAACACACUGAGACUGAACCACACCUUCUUGGUUCCAGGACUCCACUGUCUGGACAUUAGUGCCUACAACAACAUCAGCAAAAUGCAAACCUCCUGCAGCAUCUUUGUGUGGAGAGAUCCCUUUAAUAACCUGCUCUUCAUCCUGCCAUGUGCUGGGAUCAUGUUGUCCAUCCUCGCCUUCAUCACUAUUGUAGUCUGCCACCCUAAGAAACAACAGAAAAACAAACCAGAGAUUAGCACUAAGGCCACUUACUCCAGCACGGACGUGGAACUUCAGCCCAAACAGGACCUCCAUGAAUUCAGUAGUGAUCUAAAUGUUUCCAGUGAAGAUAACGGAGAGGUCAUGCCCCUUCUCUUGCUGCCCGGGGAGAGAUCCUAUUCAUAGGCCAACUAGCUUUCAAUUACAUACUUGGCUUUGUGUUGGUCUGAUUCAAGUCAAUUAUUAAUUAUUUGCUAAAAUAAUUUGGUUUCAGAUUAAUAUAACAUUUAACUAAAUUACUUCAGAGAUGUGAUACUGGUGUGUCUUUUGGUUUGGAUCCUUAUCUUGCGUUAAUCUGCCUGUGAGGAUCCUGAUCCAGGCAGUUUUACAGCAUUGUAUCCCACAAUGACAUGAGAUGAGAGGUACCAAGCAGUGCUGCAAUGGGGAACAGCCCUAAUGGUUGUCAUAUUGAGCUACUGGCUGCCACCAAACCCACGUUUCUUCCAGGCUACAGAGAUGGGUUUGGGUCAAUCCAGAAAAGAAUAAAGUAACAAUCAAUGUCCAUUGUUAUAUUUACCAAUUUUUACAUCAGGUUAUUGUUCCCUGAAAAGCAUGUAUUUAUUAGGUAAUUGGAUGUUUUUCUUCGUUCUGUAUGUAUCUUGCUGCUCAUGACUAUAACCAACAUGCUGCUGUCAUGUGCUGUAGAUGCACCAUUGUGAGGUAUUUGAAUGGUAUUAAACAA